AUGCGCCUUGUGGGCUGCCCCUCUCGCCCGCUGGCGUGCGUGCGUGUGUGCCGGGGCGCGGCCUCUCGCCGCGUUUUCCCUCCUCCUCAUCCUCCUCUUUUUCUUAGUUCUUCUGCUGCUGCCGCUGCUUCCCCGGCCGCUGGCGCCUGCGCUCGUGCGCAGAGGGGGAUGGUUGUGGUGAAGGGCGGCGGCACGCCGUACAGCAUCGGCAACGGGCGGCAGAUGCCCUGGGAGGAGGUGCCGGAGAAGUUCAAGGAGCGGCUGCGGGAACAGACGGAGGUGGCGAAGUGCGUAGAGAUGCGGGCGGAGGCGCAGGCGUGCAUCGAGGAGCGCGGCUUUUGGGACCCGCAGUGCGUGGAGCUAACGGAACGGUUUCACCUGUGCCAGUCGGUGGAGCUCGCACGCGGCAUAAACAAGCGGCCGGAGAAGGCCGCGGCCGGCGAGGAGGAGGCGUAG